GCACUCAUGAUUCAUUGACACGAGCCUCCAGCCAGUAACAACACUGAGAUCUGACUUAACGUCGUUAACGAUCUCGAUCGAUCUAUGGACACCCUUCUGGUUUUUCUUUCAUGUUUGGUAACAGCAUUGAGCAGCAUUUCGUCUCAAGCUGAGGCUCGUGCUUUCUUUGUUUUCGGAGAUUCACUUGUCGAUAAUGGCAACAAUGACUACCUUGCCACCACUGCCCGUGCUGACAAUUACCCUUAUGGCAUUGACCAUCCAACACGCAGAGCCACUGGUCGCUUUUCCAAUGGCCUUAACAUGCCUGAUCUCAUCAGUGAGAAGAUUGGCUCGGAGCCCACGUUGCCAUACUUGAGCCCUCAGCUCACUGGACAGAAUCUACUAGUGGGUGCUAACUUUGCUUCUGCUGGGAUUGGAAUUCUCAACGACACAGGAGUCCAAUUUCUAAACAUUAUACGAAUAUCCCAACAACUGGCCUACUUUCAGCAGUACCAGCAACGUGUGAGCGCUCUUAUCGGGCCUGAGCAAACUCGACGGCUUGUGAAUGAGGCGCUCGUCCUCAUUACCCUCGGAGGCAACGAUUUCGUGAACAAUUAUUACUUGGUCCCUUACUCUGCAAGAUCUCGUCAAUUUGCACUCCCCAACUACGUUGUCUAUCUCAUUUCCGAGUACCGGAAAAUUCUAGUGAGAUUAUACGAGUUGGGAGCACGGAGGGUUUUGGUAACAGGUACGGGACCAAUAGGAUGUGUACCAGCAGAAUUGGCAUUGCACAGCCGAAAUGGGGAGUGCGCGGUCGAGAUUCAACGAGCUGCCAACUUGUUCAAUCCCCAACUCGUUCAACUCAUCAAUCAGCUAAACUCCGAGAUUGGUUCUGAUGUCUUUGUUACCGCAAAUGCCUUCGAAAUGCACCUGGAUUUUAUCAGUGAUCCUCAAGCUUAUGGAUUUAUCACAUCAAAGGUAGCAUGCUGCGGGCAAGGACCGUACAAUGGGAUAGGACUAUGCACGCCAGCCUCCAAUCUGUGCCCAAACAGAGAUCUGUUUGCGUUUUGGGAUCCAUUCCAUCCAUCUGAAAAGGCCAACAGACUUAUCGUAGAUACCUUCAUGACUGGAUCCACCAAGUACAUGAACCCCAUGAAUCUCAGCACCAUUAUAGCAUUGGACUCCAGGACCUGACCUUCAUCUUCCAUGCAUCAUCUGCUCUUUACAAACAUUAAUUUCUUCAUUCUUAGUUAAGCAGUCAUUGUUUUUCUUAUGGUCCUGAUCAUGAAAACUUUCUUGUCGAUCCGAUUAAUUAUUGGCAUUUGCUAAUAAAUUAAUCCUAAAUGCUACUCUUAAUUAUAUGCCCUGUGAAACCAUGUUAGCAGCUU